CUACUGUAAAGCUCAUCAAUCCAUGGGUCUAAGUAAGGAUCCUUGCUCUAGAAGCCUUUGAAAACGGCCGGUUAAUCCUCCCGCUCGUCGGUGGCCAUAGAGUUGAUGUCGACAGUCUCUGAAAAACAAAUCUCAUCCAAUCCAAAUUUUCUUGGGGGGCAAAAAUCCGAACCGCGUUAUCAACUAGGCGGGUUUGUCGAAUCGAAUCUGUGCAAUGAUGGUAUAAUGUAAAUAUAUUGUCCCAAUUCGCCUCAACAAGCCUCUCGGAGUUGAAGAAGUGAAGUGGAAUAAAAGAUAUAGACAUGAGAUUAAAUCAUGUGGCGCUGCAAUUUUCUCCACGCCAGCCCUAGGCAGCACAGUGAUAGAAAAGAGCACAAACAUGACAUGCCUUCACCAGAGUUUUGUGAAGCCCUGCUAUUGUUGGCAACUCUCACACUAUUAGCAUAGCUCUAGGAAUGUAUCAUUAACGUUACACGAUUGGCCAGACUAACUAACAGCUAGGGUUGCCAGGUUGUACGGUUGCCAGAAUAUAUAGCUUACUCCCCCACAACUUCAAUUCACACGGCCAAACAGGCGAGCGGUCUGGUAUCUGAACGCUAUCUCUAAGCAUGAUUGAAGCUGCUGGUUAUCAGCUUACUCCCUAUUAUAUACAAUAAUCAUGGACUCUUCUUCACCAAGGACCUCGGGUCAUGAGCCCCAUGAACCCAAUGAACUCCAUGAAUCGCAUCAAGCUCAUAUACCCUCCAGAGUAACGUAUACGGAUGACUUGCCUACCUAUGACUAUGAUGCUAUGUGCGGGCAGAUGGAUAUCAAACAGAGCGGUAUUGACACAAAUGCCCAAGUUGCAGAUGAUGGUCGUGUCAACAUCAAUAUCAAGGAACGUCGUGGAAGCCUGUCUAAGAUAUUAGGCCCAGCUUUUGAGACACAACAGAAUCAUCCUUUUGGUGCCUCCGCCUCGCUUGUUGGAGCAGAUACGGGCCUCCCUGUCCCACGACUGAACAUAGUUAUUCAGAUUGUUGGCUCUCGAGGGGAUGUACAACCGUUUGUGGCCUUGGGCCGGGAAUUAAAAAAUGGAUACGGCCAUCGUGUACGACUGGCCACCCAUCCUACUUUCAAGCAAUUUGUAGAGGAGAAUGAACUAGAGUUUUUCUCCAUUGGGGGUGAUCCCGCUGAGCUCAUGGCCUUUAUGGUGAAAAACCCGGGCUUGAUGCCCGGUUUCGAUGCUAUGUUCAACGGGGACAUAGGCAAGCGUCGGAAGGAAAUUUCAGAGAUAAUAUCAGGCUGUUGGCGGUCGUGCUUCGAGGCUGGAGAUGGCACUGGCGUCCCAGUCACGGAUGAUAAUUUCGAUGCCACCCAACUUGAAGGUGUCGAGCCGUUUGUUGCCGAUGCGAUUAUAGCAAACCCGCCUAGCUUCGCUCACAUCCAUUGUGCCGAGAAGCUAGGUAUUCCAUUGCACCUUAUGUUCACUAUGCCAUGGUCUCCAACCCAGGCUUUCCACCACCCCUUAGCGAACGUUCAAUUUUCUGAUGCCGAAGUGGGAAUUGCUAACUUUGUAACAUAUGCUCUUGUGGAGAUGUUAACCUGGCAAGGCUUAGGUGAUGUCAUCAAUAGGUUUAGGGAGCGGUCCCUUGGGUUGGACCCAAUGAGUAUGAUGUGGGCUCCAGGCAUAUUGCCUCGACUUCGUAUAUCUUUUACCUACUGCUGGUCACCCGCUUUGAUUCCCAAACCCAAGGACUGGGGUCCCCAUAUUGACAUCGCUGGGUUCUUCUUUCUUCCUCUGGCUUCGAACUAUACGCCACCCGAUGAUUUGGCGGCGUUCCUCGCAGCUGGACCUCCUCCAGUAUAUAUCGGGUUUGGUUCCAUCGUUCUUGAUGACCCCAAUGCAAUGACCGAACUUAUUUUCGACGCUAUUAGAAAAACAGGACAGAGAGCAUUAGUUUCCAAAGGAUGGGGAGGUUUCGGUGCAGAAGAAUUCGAAAUCCCAGAGGGUGUUUUCAUGAUAGGAAACUGCCCUCAUGACUGGUUAUUCAAACGCGUGAGCUGCGUUGUUCAUCAUGGAGGUGCCGGCACGACUGCAGCAGGUAUUGCAUUGGGAAAGCCGACCGUCGUCAUCCCAUUCUUUGGAGACCAACCGUUCUGGGGUUCCAUGGUUGCGAAGGCAGGGGCAGGCCCUAAGCCAAUUCAUCACAAGGAACUGACCGCAGACAACCUGGCGGCUGCCAUCACUGCUGCACUCGAACCAGGGGCCAAACGCAAAGCAGAAGAGCUUGGGGCAAAAAUUAGCCACGAGCAGGGUGUACAAGCAGGCGGAAAAUCGUUUCACAAGGAACUGGACAUCGACUCGUUGCGCUGCAUGGUCCUUCGCAAUAAACCUGCUGUGUGGCUUGUUAAGAAUUCCAAUAUCCGCUUAAGCUCAUUGGCAGUAACAACGCUUGCAAAUGAAGGAAUUUUGGAUCUUGGCGACCUCAAGAUAUAUCGGCCACGGGAGUAUCAUACAGAACCCGGACCCCGAGAUCCAAUAACUGGAGGAGCCGGCGCCUUGAUAGAGACACUUGGAGAUUUUACCAUGGGCGUUGCUGAUAUUCCGACUGAUAUCUUAUUUGCUUUAACAAGCUCUGCCUGCCGUCGCCAUGCGAAGAGAAAGUCAAAAUCUGCCUCACAUUCGCGUAAGGGUUCGCAGGUGUCUGCGGACACCGCUACACCGUCGCUUACCUCGACCACUACUCCCUCAGAAAUAGGAACUGCCUCUGAGCAUUGCAUUCCUAUUGUAUCUGUUGAGGAUAACUCAGAUGGUAUAACCGAACGCACGUCUGCUAGUAGUCCAGAGCGUGAUGGUUCCGUCCCAAGGAUUCACAAACGCAAGUCCUCGGAAAUCCGGAAUAUUAGGGCUGCGGACAUCGUACUUGCAGGGCAGACGGCGAAGAGGAUGAUCAAUAUGGGCCUCAAGUCCCCAAUGGGAUUCAGCUUGGGUGUAGCAAAGGGGUUUCACAAUGCCCCGAAAUUGUAUGGUGAUACCACCGUGAGGGAGUCUCCAAAGGUUACGGGCUUCCACAGCGGCCUGAAAGCUGCUGGAAAGGAGCUCGGAUACGGAUUCUACGACGGAAUCUCUGGCCUGGUUACGCAACCCCUUGCUGGGGCCAAAGACGGAGUUGGUGGUAUGGUGAAAGGCUUUGGCAAAGGAAUAGGUGGUUUGAUACUUAAGCCAGGAGCAGGAAUCUUUGCCUUGACAGGCUAUACCAUGAGUGGCGUUUACAAAGAAAUCCAAAAACGCUUGGGAACGAGCGUUGAUAACUAUAUUAUCGCGUCGCGAAGUAUAGAAGGAUACGAAGAAUGGAAACAGGCUCCCAAGGGCGUGCGCGAUGCAAUUGUUCGAGGUUGGUACUCUCUCCGGGCCAACCCAGAUGUCAAGAUAAGGGGUUCAACAUUUGCGUCCGAACUGGAGGCAUUAUCACGAGGUGUUUUCGAUCACAUUUAUACAUCAUCGGAAGCCAAGCGCCGGAUAUCCAGGAGCAGCUCUCCAGCCAGGACGGGAUCCCCGCCCCCCGAACGCCUCUUCCAUACUUUCCGUACUGCCAGGGAGAGAACGUCCUCUUGCCCACCCCGUCAGUGCCAUCAUGAUAAUCAUCAUCAUCAUCAUGACCCACGACGAAAUACCAUGUGCCCAUCCGUCGCCAGCGGAAUUGAAGAAGCAAUUCAUAAGUCCGUUGAACAGUCAUCCUGUACAGACGCCGAAGAAGCUAGGUUGAUCGAGCGUGCCCUCCGUGCUAGCGUCCUUGAACUACAGGCAGCCGAGGCGGAUGGGGAAAGUGAGGAACACGCGUACACGCGUGCAAUCAAGGCGAGUAUCGAAGAAGCGCAGCGAGCACAACGGGAAAAUUGCCACCACACUCAGCCCCAUCCCCACACACGUCCGGAUAUUCUCCUCGAUGGACAGCAUCUCACAACUUCACCCCCUAGCUCGCCCACACCCAAUAUUUACGCCGACCAAGCGGAUCAGGAUGGAGACGAAGUGGGAGAUGAAAAUGACGACCUUGAACGCACGCUCGCCGAGUCGAUUCGAAGCUAUGCUGAGGAACAAUUACGUGAUGAAGAGGAGAUGGAGGCGCUUACGGAAUAUAUGCUAUGGAAAAGUGCAAGGAACUGCUCAGGUUCAGAUCAAGUGCAGCAAACUCAGCCAGAGAAGCAGACCAGCACUGAAGACCUGCGCAAGGCUCUUGAAGAAAGCUUGAAGACGAAUGAGACAGAUGCAAAAUCUUCCUGAUCUAGCUGGUAUAUGUUUUAUUUUAUCUUCAUCUGAUUUUGAUGAUUCUGUUACUUUUCAUUGUUGUUUAACUAUCUUAGUGGCUUGCUGAAUACCCUUGACAGACAGAAUAUCUUUUUUUUGGGUUUUUCUUUACGAUUUUAUUAUGAAUAUUCGGCUAUGAUUACCUCAUGUCAAGCAUCUGGUUCUUUCUGUCGUUCUUUCCAUCUCUUCACUCCGUAAUUUCACGGGGAAUUCGACUUCAUGUUUCAAUUUAGCGGUGUGCGUAAACAUCGAUGGCCAUAGAUCUGCAUAUGCAUAUGUAUCUGGCACAACAGUUUUAGAUCAUGAGUUACAACAGGUGUGACGGAACAGGCCUGUCAUCUGCGAUUUCUAUGCCUCCAUUAUUUUUAUGGCUUUGUUCUGAGCGGAAAUAGAUAUCUAAUAUGUAUGCCAUUUUCUCAGAUGUUGCAUACAACAUACACCCCUUUUCCAGAGCCAGAGCCGCAAGACAAAUCCCACCGGAUUUCCCGAACACUUGCAUGUCCACCUAUUCCUUCGAAGUAGGGAGAGAAUUUCAACGAAAGGCUCCAGUGAAAUCCUGGACUGUCCUGCCUGCAAGGCCAUGCGAGACACCUCAUGUGGCCCCCUCCCUUGCCAGCAUAAACUGGGCAGAUAUCUAAAUCAUGGAAUAUCUCCCUCCUGUGCCCUGCGCGCCUGCCUCACACCAUAUACGCGUCCUAUACUAGACAUGUGAUGCGGCUUAAAAUUGACGAGGGGAUCGUUUCAAUAUCAACAUCAACAUCAAUGUCAGCAUCGACAGUUCUAUUCUCUCUCCUUCAUCUUGCUUCUUUACACCCAUACCUAUCAGAACUGAAAAAAAAAACCCAAAACCGAAACCCUAAACCCUCCAACAAUUUUAUAUACCCUACAACAGCUACAGAGGAGAGAUAAAGCUACCGUCCAAAACCAUAAUGCGCGCAGAUAGCUCCAGCAGCGUCACGCGUGCCAUCAUCGCAAUUGUGGUGGCAGCAACGCUCGUUAGCACUGUAAGCGCCGUAUGGACCUGUCCUAGUGAACGUGGGCCCUUCUGCUGCGGGAAAUAUGCGAGGCUCCGUGAGAGUCCGACUGUGCUUAUUGGGGUUGAGUGUAUAUAUACAUUUUUUCUGCCUGUGUCUCUUCCUGCGGAGAGUUUUAUAUGUUUUGUUAUGUUAUGUUGUUGUUUUUUUUUUUUUUUUUUUUUUUUUCUUUCUUCUCUUGCCAGACUUAUUCGUAGUGCACAUUUUGAAAUCACAGACAUGGACGAUACUCCCUCUCCUUUGCUCUCUGUUUCUUGAGUCCUUUUUUAGUGAGAAGCAAGUUUGACUAACAGAACAUCCUCCGCCCGGGAAAACGAUUCAAACCAACAGGCAUUGAUGCACCUAGAAACGAUAACUGUAUCGACGGAAGAGCUGUUCGAUGCUGCAAGGCAAUGGUAUUCAUUAUUCAUCUCUCCCCUUGUUGUCACCACUGGUUUAUAGCAUCACAUACUCUUCACCCUUCCUCCCCCUUCCUGCAACUUUUUUUUUUCUCUUGAUCUGUCCUGUUCCCUCUAGAUUUUCUAACGACCAUAUCUCAUCCUUAUCUUUCCCGAACGAACUAGAAACCAGAAUCUCCGAGAGAUCCCAAGUCCCCCCCAGACCCGUCGGCGAAUUAUUACUGCGAUAGCAGGGCUGUUGGGUAUUCGCAGGGAUGAAUAUGAAAAAGUGGAAAGUUGAGGAGGUAGCUAGCCUCUGGGAACAAAUAAAGCAAGGGGGCAGCUGAUAUAGACGGGACUCAAUGAAAGAGGGGAAUGGAUGGUGGGAUGUUUGAGGGAGUGAUAAUGUGGAUUUCCGAGAAAUAGAAUUUAUCUGAUAUGUGAUAUUUGGUGCGGGGAGGGAGUAGGUAUGAUGGUAUGAUGAUUUGAUGUGGUGCGGGUUAUCUUGUGAGAGUAUCUGUUAUUUAUUAAAAAUGGGGUAAUAUUUGAGUCGGAAUGUCACUGAAGUAUUUCAAGCCACGGAAUGAUAUUUGCCUUUUCCAAAAAAAAAAAAGGAACUUGAUAGUUAACUACCUCCUUUGAUAAUAGAAGACGAGGCAAUUUAUUCUCCAAAAUGAAAAUCAUGAAAAUCUCAGAGUACACACAGUGCAUGCAUAGAUUUCUUAAAUCCUGCAAGCAGAAAAAUAUAGGAUAUUUUCCAGCUUUUACUGGAAGAUAACUUUUUUUCAUAUAUUCCACAUGCGAUACCCCUUUCUGAAAAGGCCGGCUGGGAAGACUCAAAAAGGAUGUCUCUCUGUAUCACAAUAUUUUACUUCUC